AAAGCGAACAAUCUACGACUUUAAAAUCUAGAGCUCUAGCAGAUUGCUCCGGAAUGUUUGGAAGCUUUCACGAAGUGAAAGAAAUUUAUGAGACCCUGCAAGGAAUUCCAGGAAAGGAAGCUUAUCCUUUUGGCAGUGCCAGAGGCACCAUAGCCGGCUCCAACAGGUUAUCUCUUUCUUUCUAUCCUUUUUUUUGCCUUCUCUCUCUCUUUGUAAUCACACGUUCGUGCAUGUUCGUCUAAGCCAGCCAAACAUCAACGUCUAAAAACAACGUCAUUUUCAACCACAUACUUGAUUUGUCCGCCGUACGGCCCAUUCGUACUCCGCGAAUGGGCCCCUGGCCCACUUUGAUAAUGGUCGCAUGUGAUUUACAGGCAAGCACAAGAUAUUUUUCCGUGGUUAAGUUACCUAGCGGGUGAAAUUCUUUUCACCGCUACCGCCACCGCCUCUGAUUCGAAAAUUUUCGCGGGCACUCGUCGAAAAGUUAAAACAAGGACGCCAGAUGGGAAAUUAAAUGCAAGGUAGCCCGGACGCCAAGUUUUGUUCCAAUGCGGCUAAUCACAGGUUCCCAUGUAUAAAGAAUCUUCCCCCUGUUUAGUAAUAAACUCUUUUCGCUAGUUAUUUUCCCUUCCUUUGUAUCGGCUCCUGGGGCGGAGCUAAAGGCGCUGCGCGUUUGAGGAGCUUCUUCCCGGCUGUGAAGGCGCUGCCUCUUCUUCUCCAAGGCAAGCGAAGAUGCGUGAGAUCCUCCACAUCCAGGGCGGGCAAUGCGGGAACCAGAUCGGCGCCAAGUUCUGGGAGGUGAUCUGUGACGAGCACGGGAUCGAUCCCACCGGGAACUAUCAUGGCGACUCGGAUCUCCAGCUCGAGAGGAUCAAUGUCUACUACAAUGAGGCCACCGGCGGCCGCUUCGUCCCCCGUGCGGUGCUCAUGGAUCUAGAGCCCGGUACCAUGGACAGCGUGAGAUCCGGCGUAUUUGGGCAGAUCUUCCGGCCGGACAACUUCGUGUUUGGGCAAACCGGCGCUGGAAACAACUGGGCCAAGGGUCACUACACAGAGGGCGCCGAGCUCAUAGACUCCGUGCUCGAUGUGGUGAGAAAGGAAGCCGAGAGCUGCGACUGCCUCCAAGGUUUCCAAGUUUGCCACUCCCUUGGAGGAGGUACUGGGUCGGGGAUGGGUACACUGCUCAUCUCUAAGAUCAGGGAAGAGUACCCAGACCGGAUGAUGCUCACAUUCUCCGUGUUCCCGUCCCCAAAGGUGUCCGACACGGUCGUGGAGCCUUACAACGCGACGCUCUCAGUACACCAGCUCGUGGAGAAUGCCGACGAAUGUAUGGUCCUGGACAACGAGGCCCUGUACGACAUAUGCUUCCGGACGCUCAAGCUCACCACUCCAACCUUCGGUGACUUGAACCAUCUCAUCUCGGCAACGAUGAGCGGUGUCACUUGCUGCCUCCGCUUCCCCGGGCAGCUCAACUCCGACCUCCGGAAGCUGGCCGUCAACCUCAUCCCAUUCCCGAGGCUCCACUUCUUCAUGGUUGGCUUCGCGCCGCUCACGUCGCGCGGCUCGCAGCAGUACCGCGCGCUGACGGUCCCGGAGCUGACCCAGCAGAUGUGGGACGCCAAGAACAUGAUGUGCGCUGCCGACCCUCGCCACGGCCGCUACCUCACCGCCUCGGCGAUGUUCCGCGGCAAGAUGAGCACCAAGGAGGUGGACGAGCAGAUGAUCAACGUCCAGAACAAGAACUCGUCCUACUUCGUGGAGUGGAUCCCCAACAACGUCAAGUCGAGCGUGUGCGACAUCCCGCCCAAGGGACUGAAGAUGGCGUCGACGUUCAUCGGGAACUCGACCUCGAUCCAGGAGAUGUUCCGGCGAGUGAGCGAGCAGUUCACGGCCAUGUUCCGGCGCAAGGCCUUCCUCCACUGGUAUACCGGCGAGGGAAUGGACGAGAUGGAGUUCACCGAGGCGGAGAGCAACAUGAACGAUCUGGUGUCCGAGUACCAGCAGUACCAGGACGCGAGCGCCGAGGAGGAAGGGGAGUACGAGGACGAGGUCGAGGAACUCCAGGCGUGAUCCCAGCGAGACAAUGCAAGUUACAACCAGUGAAGAUCAUCGCUUUGCUAUAGUCUAAAGGUGACUAUUACUACUUCUCUACUCUACUACUGAGGUUCUUUACUCUACUCUAUUUUUUUGGCUCUGAGCUUUUGCUUUCUCUUUGUACUCCCUCUAUUCGCAUUACGCUGGUUUUUUGUAUGCUUUCAAGGAUAAUAAUCUGGUAUAAAUCCGCGUCGUGGUU